GCGAUUAUAUUGACGCCUUAGACGUUCUAUAGCUUUAUCACUUUAACUUAACUUCAUAGUAAACUUUAGAGUACCUUUAAACAUAAAAGUUUGCCACCCUCCACGCACUUCAUGCCGUGCAUACAUCGUCGCAGGCCGCAAUGUCAGCGACAUCAACCGUGAUUGGGCGAAAGUCGUGGUGAAGCGCGGCGUUGCUUACGGAAUUUGCCGGCCUCUUUGUGUUAAGAAAUUUCGACAAGAGCCCAGUUUUACCGUUAACGGGCAGCGAUGAGUUCGAUCGGAACGGGCUACGAUCUAUCGGCGUCGCAAUUCUCGCCGGACGGGCGCGUCUUUCAGGUGGAGUACGCUCAGAAGGCGGUCGAGAAUAGCGGCACGGCCGUAGCCCUGCGAGGCCGCGACGGAGUCGUUUUUGCCGUCGAGAAGCUCGUUACGUCGAAGCUGUACGAGGCUGGAGCUAACAAGCGCAUUUUCACCGUCGACAAGCACGUAGGAGUGGCUGUUGCGGGGCUCCUCGCGGACGCCAAGCAGGUGGUGGAGACAGCACGUGUGGAAGCAUCCAACUACCGCUCUGAGUAUGGUUCAGCCAUCCCGCUAAGCUACCUGAAGGACCGCGUUGGGCUGUACAUGCAUGCGUACACCCUGUACAGUGCUGUGCGUCCCUUUGGCUGCGGCGUGCUUCUUGGCAGCUACGACACGGAUGGACCACAGCUCUUCUGCAUUGAUCCAUCGGGCACAUCAUGGGGCUACUUUGGAUGUGCCAUUGGCAAGGCACGACAAGCUGCCAAGACCGAGAUGGAGAAGCUGAAUUCAAAAGACCUGGACUGCAGGCAGCUCAUUAAGGAAGCGGCCAGGAUUAUCUACGUUGUCCAUGACGAGGUCAAGGACAAGAACUUUGAGCUGGAGCUCAGCUGGGUCUGCAAGGAGUCUGAUGGGCAACACGAGUUUGUGCCCAAGGAUGUCUACCAUGAAGCGGAAACACAUGCCAAGACUGCACUUGAAGAAGAAUCGGACACAGAUGAUGAAAUGUGAUAAGUUGCUCACCAGUGAGGCAGGGAAUUAAAGAAAAAUAAAAGCUCUUGGCCAUAAACAAGCAAAGCAUGCUUGCAAGGUUGCUUCCAUACAAAUAGAAGCAACCUUGUAUGCUGUGUAACAGGUCUUGGCAGCCCUUUGACGCAGCCGACCACUGGUUAUUACAGUUCAUCUGCAUGUGCAGGAGCCGAUUUGUGAUGUCAACUGCAGGUGUAAAAUCAACACGGUUCUCAAUAUUUAAGUGUCUUAAUGUAUGAGCUGAGCAUGAAAGGGCAUAAAUGUAAUCCAAUGAGGUUCUUUCUUAAGACAUUUUGUAUCGGUAGAGCUACAAGGAACUUUGCUGGUCUAGCGUGCUGGAGGGUGCAACGGUACUUGCAGGUGAUGUCUCACUUAAUUUUUUUAUCUAGCAUUCAACUUUAUGCACUCAAUUGUCAUUUUUCUUGCUGCUAUGCUUCACCUUUGCUUUUUAGGUGUUUGCUUUGUGUAUGGUUAUGCUCCGACUGUGAUGGCUCAGUGGUUGUAUUCUGCUGUCACCGAUGAGGUUACAGGUUAAAUUUCAGGCCAUGGCUGCUGCAUUGUGAUGAGAGCAGAAUGUAGACCUGCUCUUGUCCUGUGCUUUCACUGAGCAUUAAACAAACCCGAGUGGUUAUAACCGAGCCGAGGCUCUCCACCUAAGGUUACCAAUCGUACCGAAUUUAGCAGGACUCCAGAUUUUUGUGUACAUGCCCUGUGUCCCGACUUGAACUAGUCGAGAUGACCAACUACUGGACUAAUGGAUAAAAAUAAAUAAGUCCGAUUUCUUUUUAUAAUGCCUGACAGCUUCUUUACACAUCCUUUGUGUUAUGUUGUGUUGUCACAAACAUAAAGGAUGUUUCAUUUUUGUCGUUCUUCUGGUUCUAUUGUAGGCCCUAACCAUUACAGUACAUCUGUAUGUUCUGGCAGCCAUUUUGGGCAACUAUACUGCAUCUUUUAAAUCGCGACCCGGUAGGACUAAGAAAAUUUGUUCACCUUUGUUGCACGUACAGACUGGCAGCUCCUGCCACUGCCAGAGUCGGUUGUUGCCAGCCUCCCCCAUUCCCCUUCCUCGCCCCUCGUCCUGACUUCAUCCACUCGAGAGUUGGCAAUGCUAUCUCCACUACAGUGUCUAUCAUAUACCCUGUGCUGCUCAAAGGGAGCGAUCUUUAAGGACCCAGUUCUUGCGGCACGACAAAAAGCUUAUGCUCGGAGGUGUUUGUACCUGCAGCGGUUACAUUGAAAAGCACAUGAACAUUUACUAAGCAGAAUUUUUCAAUCCGAGUAAUCUCUAAAAACGUAGGAGUCCGAGCACAGCAAGAUUGAGAAGUGCUAGCGAUGCUGGUAGCCUGCUUCGCGAACUAAGAAAACAGAAUGAUGGCCGGCUUUCAUAGGAGUGAGUGCAACUUUCGUUUACCAUCUGCAUUUUGACCUUUUCAGCCACUUUAGAAAAUAAAGUGCUGCUGCAACAAGUCAGCGUUGCUGUACAGAGAUUAGAUUUCUAUUGCUUUUUUUUUCAUAAGUACAUACCUUUGUCAUGGCUUGCUCCAAUGUCCUGAUUCUGCUGAUAGACAAGCCAACUCAUCCAAAAUGAAAGUAUGUUUCUUGCUCAUGACGGCGUGGUAACACCACGCGAUUUAGUGUGUUCACAUUCGGAAACAUGCGGUUGCUCAAAAGCCUCGGUGAUUUUGAAAUUCUAGUGCUCAUGCGAGAGCAGUACCUACACUCGUAAGAACAAGCGCUUAACCACAGUUUCCAUGGACAACGGCAGCGAAAGCGAUCACCCAGAAUUUGAAAAUCCCCCAUCACUACAUGCCGUUGCGCGAGGCAGCACCAGUUUUCUACUUGCAACAAUCGAAGGGUUAGCUGCGCAUUGUAAGUUACAAAAAAAAUUUGGAAAAAUACAGCAUCGCAUUUCAAUAUUACAAAAGAAAAGGCCCAGGAACUGCGUACGCUAAUGCAAGGCAACUAGAUAGGGCAUCCUAUGUGUUAGAUUUUUGCCAUGCUGAGCACCAAACAUUAUUUUUUGCGACUGGUUGUGAAUUCAAAAUAGAAAUCUUGGUUUACUGAGGAAAAUUCAAUAAGUAGAAGAGACAAUCUCAAUCAGUGGGAAUAUCUCGAUUCAUGUUCUCAACGGUUGUCUGUACCUUUAAGUAUGUUGAAGCUAACAAUCCAUCAACCAUUAUUUUCACUAUGGCUCGACAUCACUAAGUUUGUACCAAGCCUGUUAAUAGUUAGUGUUAGCAAACAUUGACUAACAUGUUGCUUGAAGAAUGGUGGUAGCUCCAAAAAGUGGGAUGUAAAGGCAAGCAAUUUUUUGUGUAAAGUGGUAAGCCCUCUGCCGAGUGAAUGUCGUGUUCACUUCAGCUUUUUGUGACAUUACUUAUGGUGGGUUUGUGCGUAAUGUUUGGAAAGUGCUUUGGGCCACAUUACAUCGAUUUUGCAACAUA